AUUAAUUUAAUGCAGCAAACAGGAGGAGGACAUGAAAAUAUCUUAGGAGCUUUAUUAAAUGAUUCAUAUAAGUUAGUAAUGACUUAUUCAUUCUUUUAAAAUAAAAUGGAAAAUGAUUAGACAGCUUUUGAAUUAAUUUUUAGAAAAUGUCCAUUUGGAGGCUAAUAUGUAAUCUUUGCAGGUUUAAAUGAAGUGGUACGUUAUAUAAAGAAUUUUAAAUUCACUGAAGAAGAAAUCGAAUUUGUGAAAAAAAAGUAACUAAUUGACUUUAUCAUUUUAAAAGUAUAUUGCCAUCAGAUGCUAAUCAGAAAUUUUUUGAUUAUCUUAGGAAUUUAGAUUCUUCCUAAAUAAAAAUUAGAGCGAUGCCUGAAGGAUCAAUUUGUUUUCCAAAAGAGCCUUUGAUUAGUAUAGAAGGACCUUAGGGUAUAUGUUAAUUGAUAGAAACAGCAGUCAGUAAAAUAAUAAGAUUAAUAAAAAUUAGUUAAUUUAGUUUCAUUUCCAUCUUUAAUAGCUACAAAUGCAAGUCGAAUGAGACAAUUAGCAGGAUAAGCUCAUUUACUUGAAUUUGGAUUAAGAAGAGCUUAAGGACCUGAUGGAGGAAUGAGUGCAACUUAAUAUUCAUAUUUAGGUGGAUUUGAUGGUACUAGUAAUAUGAUGGCUGGGUUGAAAUUGGGAAUACCAGUUUCAGGAACUAUAGCUCAUUCAUUUGUUACUUCAUUUUCUGAAUUAAAUGAUGUUGAAUCAGCUGAACUAAAUGGUGUUAAUAUAAAAUUAAGAGCCAUUGAAUAUCAUAAAAAAAUGGGAAUUAAAACUAAUUAAGGUGAAUUAGCUUCAUUUAUAGCAUAUGCAUAAUCUUGUUCUAAUAAUUUUUUAUGUUUAGUAGAUACCUAUCAUACAUUGAAAUCAGGAAUUCCUAAUUUUUUAGCUGUGGCUUUUGCUUUAGAUGAUGCCGGUAUAAAAGCUAAAGGAAUUCGUUUAGAUUCAGGAGAUUUAGCUUAAUUAUCAAUGUAAUUCAAUAUCUUUUUAUUUUAUUAGAUAAGCCAAAGAGCUAUUUAAACAUUAUGGAGAUUAAUUUUAGAAAGAUAUUAGUCAUCUUAAAGUUGCUGCCUCAAAUGAUAUUAAUGAAGAAGCUCUUAAAGAUUUUAUUAAGAAAGGACAUAAAAUAGAUAUUUUUGGUAUUGGAACUCAUCUAGUUACAUGUUAAAAAUAACCUGCUUUAGGUCUUGUUUAUAAAUUAGUCGAAUGUAAAAAUUAGAUUGUGAUGAAAUUAUCAGAGGAAUAUGAUAAAACAACUUUUCCAGGAUAAAAGAAUGUCUAUAGAGUUUAUACAAAGAGUGAUCAAUGUGUAGAUAUUAUCACAUCAAUAAAUUAUUUACCAGAGAAUAAUGAAUUUAAGUGCAUUGAUCACAUAAGUAAAUAACGUUAUCAUAUAAAACCAACAUUUAUUGAGAAUUUGUUAUAACCUGUUGAUUAUGAUUAUGUUCCUGAUUUGUAGACAGCUAAAAAAUAUUGUACAAAAUAGAUGAAAGAUUUUAAUGGAAAGGUUACAAGACUUGAUAAUCCAUAAAAACAUUUAGUAUUAAUGUCUACAGAAUAUUAUUAAAUGUUCUAGUCUAAAUAUGAUGAGAUAGCUAUAGAGGAAGUGAUUGAAUGAUGA